AUAGACUUGAUCACCGUUCAUUCCUAUCGGAUCAACGAUUUCUGCGAUUCUUUCAGUGCUAAUUACGCUUCGUACAUGACACUGUGGAAAAACUAACGUGACAAGAUGUAUUUCAACUGCCACGCCUCGUUAUAUAUACGCACUUAAUAAAACGUCUAAAUCCAUCCAACUCGUGUAUAUUGAAUAAAAGCAGCAAGGGCUGUCAGAUUGCUAUGAAAGUACCUUACCCUCAAACAUAUUUUCCUUGAAGGGAGUAACGAAAACGUAGGAUCUAGUAUGCCUAUAACAUUCGUAGAGCUCGCGGGACAGGUACUUGGGAAUUCAGAUUUUUGGCGAAAAACCCGCAUACCCUCGAGCCGACGACUCUCAUAUUUUCUCCUCUGUACAUGAAGAGAUCGUGUCAUAUAUGUUUGAAUGCAGAUUGCAGAAUUGGUGAGAAUCAAUUGUCAUGGCUAAAAUACCUGUUAAGUGAGAAAUGUCUCACAUUGCGGAUGGUGAGAGCGAAGCAGGUUCAAUCUGCGACGAAGAGAGAAUAAGAAAACUUUUUCAAGCAUGCGACGGAGACGGAGAUGGUUUCAUCGAUAGCCAAGAUCUCUUGACCGUCUGCCGGGAACUCAACCUCGAAAAUUCGGUGGAGGAACUCAUGCGAGAGCUCGGGGCGGAUGAGCACGGUCGUAUUUCCUAUCAGGAGUUCCUUAGACGGAGGUUAGCCCUUCGACCGGAAAUCGAGGCUCUCAGAUCCGGCAAACACACAACGAGCCCUCAUCACACUCACACACCCGAAUAUCUACCCACCAGCAGUGACAAUAGCCUCGGCACCGUAUCCGGACGCCAUGAGAGUUGGGAAUUCGACAGUGGAGCGCGUGACCUCUCCCCGGAGCCGCACACCCUUCAAAAACUCGUCGAGGCUGCUGCGGGGGGGACUGGAAACAUGCUGGAUCUCGCCAACAAGUUGCACGCGGCUGCUCUCUCCUCGCUGAGAUCCGAAGUUGCGGAACUAAAUUCGAGGCUGCUCGUCGCGACGAGAGCCAAAGAAUCGGCCGAUGCUGCACUGAUAAGAGCCGAAGCUCAAGCGGCGAGGGCCGAACAACGGGCUGAACAAUUAGCAUCCAGACACGAGGAAAGACUGACGGAACUCCAUUCGGUGAUCGCUGAACUUGGAAGACAAUUGGAGAGACAUCGAGCCACGGUUAUUACCGAAGAGGAUGAGUCCGAGGUGGAAACGAGUCGGGAUGCGGAAGGCUCCAUCACGAACCCGGUCGAAGAGAGCGAAGCUGGUGGAGACAUCCAAGGUGACGGAGACCGGACCCUCGGCGAUGUUGACUCGAGUUGUUGCGAGGAGAUCGAAAAUCGACAAAACGAGAACGAAACUGAACAGCUGGACAGUCCAGCGGCGCUUCCGACUCCGGAGCCAACUCAACCGGCCGUCUCGUGUCAGAGCGUCGCGGUUGCGACCCUUCAAGAAGAAGUUUCUGCUCUUAGAGCAGAAAUUGCGAUCCUCCAUUCCCAAUUAGCCCAGUACAAAAACCAGGGUCAGAACAGCAAUCAUGGCCAAUUAACGAGCAGCGAUUCCCCGCGACGAGAUUCACCGCGUCGGGAAAACAGGACGAGAGGUACCGUAAGCUCACCCGAACCUCUGACAGCCCCGUGUUCGCCGCUCCUGCCUCCUCUUCAAACUCCGCCAACGAAAAUGAUUUCGAGGGAGGAGACGCCGAUUUUGAAAAUGGCCGAACGCGUUAAACUACGAAGAACCGACGAGAGACACAUCACGGGUCCGGAUAUAACGAAUCUUGGUGUGUGCUCUACUAUGGUCGCUGAGCAUCUGGUCUCCGAUUUGAUGGAGCAAUCUAAUCUACAGGAGCUGAAUGGGUCCGAAAAACAAUUCGAAGUCGAGACCGAAAGAUUGAACAGCAGAUUGGAGCAUUCUCGUGCCAACAACGCGGUCCUUGCUCUCACGCUUCAAGAGAGCAAAGCCCAGUGCGACAAGUUGUGUCUACUAGUCGGGAAAUACGAAUCGAACGCAACAGCCCUGCGUCUCGCACUUUCCUUCAGCGAUCGAGCAAUCGAGGCUUACGACGUUUUAGUGGCUUUGCUUGAGACCGAAUUGGCCUUGUCAACCGAUCGCAAUAAUGUUACGAUCGAUAAUCGGAGAACCGCCGAAAACGUAGCUCAUCACGUGCUGAACCGGUUGGAAAACGAUUGCACCGCAUUGGGCGCACCGUGGGAAGAUAGUAUGGUGUUGUCGGACGAUUCCGAAGUGUCCUGGUCGGUGGAGGACGAACAACGAUUACGAAGGCACAUAAGCAAAUUAAAAGGGGAUCGAGCGAUGGUAAGGUCGACAGCUGUUGAACUCGAAAGUGUUCACGUCGAGCCAUUGAACUCGAAACACACGAUAUCCCUUGCCGAAGCUAGGAAAUUGGAUCUUGAGACCGCUGUUCUUAUGCAGGAAUUAAUGGCAAUGCGAGAGGACAAAGCGGAACUUCGAGCUCGAGUCUUUUUGCUAGAAAAAGAACGAGCUACUAUAGAUCUCAAAUUGAGCGCGCGCGAAGCCCAAAUCGCUGCGCAACACGCCGCGAUACAACAUCUUCAGGGUCAACUCAGCGACACCGAAGCCAUGCUGGCUAUGGCCUCCAAUAGGGAUCGUGGUGUCAGUGACAACGAAAGUGAAGGUAUCGAGUCCGAAUUGAUCGAUGCACUUGGAAGAGAGGCUAGAUUGAAAGAGCGUUUGCAAGAAUUGGUCUCUACUUUGGACAAAGUUACAAGAAAUUCUGAGUUGCGGCACCAACAGUCGGCGGAACUUGUGAACGACUUGAAAAUGGCUAAUGGAGCGCUCGUUCAGUCGCUAGAAAAGUCAAAGAAAAAAUAUCAAUCCAGACUGAAAAAACUGGAACAACAAAUGUUAGGAAUGGUGGAACGCCAUGCAACUCAGGUCAAAUCGUUGAAGCAGAGAAUAGUUUUGCUGGAAGAAGAAACCUCGGGUUACAAAGGAAGUAUGCCGCUACAAUCGCAGAGUUCUGGAGCCAGUGAAACAUCGUUAUGACACUCGAGUGACGAGCCCGACUAUCGUACAUCCGAUUAUUACAAUUAAUUACCGCAGCAUAAUAACGAAUACUCGAAAACUUUUUUUUCGUUCUCGAAUAUCCUUAUUUGAAAAUAAACGUACACUAAAAUUUCCUAUCCAGCGAGAAUAAACGAAUCGACGGAUGAAUAUUUGAAGCAAUGUAUUUUUGUACUUGAAGUGUGUCGCGCCCCAAAAAAUGUAAAUCGCUUAGCUAAAAUACCUUCAAAAUAUCAAUUACAUGAAAUAUGAAAAAUCAUGUGAAUCGAAAUUUUUAAUAGCAAACAAAUAUUGGUUUCACGCAAAAUAAGGCUUUGUAAUUGCAUACAUAAAACACUCUAAUAUAAAAAUGAAACAAAACAUGAAAUGGUCAGGAAAAAAAUUUGGUCUACAAAUUUUUUUGACGCAUAAUUAAAAAAUUUUGAUCUCUACGGUUUAUCGUAUUUUUUGUGGCUUUAAAAUAGUAGGAAAGAAUAAAACGUGCCAUCGAACGCCCAUGACGCUUACGUCAACACAAAUAUGCGUACCUAUAACAAAAAAAAUAAUUAUUUAUACAAAUAUUUAUAAUAAUACGAAAUGGAACUAAUUACCUGUAUGAAUUUGUGUCAGCUCUGCAUAGGCAAUUGUGGCUAAUUGUAAAUAUGUAUAUUUUAAGCACACACCUACACGAAAAUAGUGUACAAGAAACGAAGCGUGAUAUAUAAAUUGUGCUUUAUUAAAA